CUUCCAGGCUUCCUCGUGGUUAUCGUCGAUAAAAAAGACGGUUUCUGCUGUGAGAGCUGAAUAUUUCAGUCUGCAGCAACUAGAUCUUCGGUUCAUCAUCAGAGAGAAACCAACAAAUGUCCAACAACAUCCGGGAGAGGAAGAGACGAUGUCCGGCUCAGAGGCUGGAUCCCCGCCGGAAACCCAAACCUUCGGAACCUCCAGAUUUGCCACAACAUUAUGUUUAUUACUAAGCAUCAUUUUAUACCCAACCAACCAGAGGCUGCUGAUCUGGACCAGAGGGAAAUAGAAUCUCCACAAACCAAAGGGAGGGAAGAGGAACCAGAACCGACAGAAGCCAAAGAAGAGUAUGGAUCAGAACUGCUGCAGUUGUCAAGAAAGAAGAACUCGAGCAAGAAACACAUCCUGUAAUGGGAGCAGAUGGAUAUGUAUCUUUUGAAAUAAAAGAAGAACCAGAGGAACUGAAACAGAUGGAGGAAGAUUAUCAUCAAUUGGAAUCUCAGCAGAUGAUUGAGGUUGAAGACAUCAGUCAGUAUGAAAAUAAGGCUGUACAGGAGACGGAUACCUUAAUGAGAGGAAACUCUGCACCUGUUGAACUCAAAGAGGAACCAGUAGAACUAAAACCUAAGCAAGUGAAGGAAGAGGAGCAUGGAUCAGGACCUGAGCAGAUGGUGAAGAUGGAGGCUGAAGGCAUCAGCCAGAAUGAAGACCAGGAUGUACAGAAGCAGGAGACUGCUGGUACAGACAACCAACUACCAGAACUAAAUAGAGACCAAAUCCUCCUUCAGAACUUCCCUAAACAUGAAGAUCAUCAGGAAAUAAAGUUUCAUGAAGCCUCAGGAUCCAGCAGAGAUGAUCAGCAACAGAAGAGAGCUCAGCCAGCCAGAGGACAGAGGGACGAAGUAGAGGAAGGCAUGGAGGGCAGGGAAAUUCACAAAAGUAAAACAUGCAAACAAUGUAAAGUGUGUGGGAAAAGUUUCAAAUGGAAUUGGUAUUUAACAACUCACAUGAGAAGUCUCACAGGUGAGAAACCUUUCUCAUGUGUAACCUGUGGAAAAACGUUCAAGCAAAAAUGUAGAUUGAAUCAACACAUGGUAGUUCAUUCAGAAGAGACGCUGUUUUCACAAAAACCUUUUCUACAUGUUAUAAAUGAAAAAAGUGAUUUAACUGACCACAUGAGGAAUAACACAGGCGAAAAACACCUCUGUGGAAAAUCUUUCAGCCAAAGUCUUAAAUGGGUUGAACACAGAAGUAGUCACUUUGGUAAGAAACCUUUUCCAUGUAUGACAUGUGGGAAAGGUUUCAGUUACCAACAUAAUUUGACUGUACACAUGAGGACUCACACAAGUGAGAAGCCUUUCUCAUGUUUAACCUGUGGGAAACGUUUCCUUGAAAAGAGUAGGUUGAAUAGCCACAUGAGAGUUCACACAGAGAAGAAGCCAUUCCCUUGUCCAACCUGUGGAAAAGGUUUCAGUCAUAGUCUUAAAUGUAUUGGGCACUUAAGUAGUCACCCUGGUGAGAAGCCGUUUCUCUGUAUGACAUGUGGGAAAGGUUUCCGUCGUAAAAGCAGUUUGAUUCGUCACACAAGAACUCACACAGGUGAGAAGCCUUUCUCAUGUCUAACAUGCGGAACAUUUUUCAGUCAGGAACAUAAUUUGAAAUGCCACAUGAGGAUUCACACAGGUGAGAGACCUUUCUCAUGUGUAAACUGUGGAAAAGGUUUUAGUCAAAAAAUAGUUUGAAUCAGCACAUGAACGUUCAUUCAGAACAGAAACUUUUCUCAUGCAUAAGCUGUGAAAAAGGUACCAGUGGUACUUUAACUUGCCAUAUAACAGCUCACACAGAUGAAAAACCCUUCUCUUGUAUAUCGUGUGAGAAGAGUUUCCGUUACAAACAUGUUUUGAAGGUCCACAUGAGAAUUCACACAGGUGAGAAGCCUUUCUCUUGUAUAACAUGUGGGAAGAGUUUCAGACACAAAAACCAUUUGAAUAGCCACAUUAGAACUCACACAGGAGGGAAACCUUUCACCUGUGGAACCUGUGGAAAAGACUUUUAUGAAAAAAGUCAUUUAACUGACCACAUGAGAAGGCACGACCUGAAGAAAAUGUUCCAUUGCAACACCUGUGGAAAAUCUUUCAGUGAAAGAGAUGAGCUGAUUGGACAUAUAGAAACAUACACGUUUGAGAAAUCUUUUCCAUGUAUGACAUGUGGAAAAAGCUUUGGUUGUAAAAGUAAUUUGAAUGGUCACAUAAAAUCUCACACAGAUUAGACUUUCUGAUGUAAAGCAGUGGAAAUAAUUCAGUUACAGAAGUAGUUUAAGUAACCAAGUCAGAAUUCACACAGAUUAGAAACAUUUCCCGUCUCAUCCUUGUUGUAAAUGAGCUGCUGCAGCUGAAACGUUGCUCUGCGCACACUGCAGUAGCUACUAUGUUAAAAAUAUAUAUUAAUCAUUGAAUAAGCCUCCAAUUAAAGACUAGCCAUGUUGCAGUCUGUCUGCCUGCUCUGUUGGUUCUACAUACAUGUACAAUCUUGUGUUUGCAUCACUGUUAAUAUGUUUUUGUUUAUGACAUUAUCAUCAUAUGAUUCCUCAGUCAAUAUGUUGACACUUUUCAAUUCAGACCCGUCUGCUGGGCUUCAUUUCCACAAUAUUUCCUUCCUAUCCGCCUCAUUUUUAGUUCCACUUGUUCGCUCUGUCAGUCAAACGCGUUUCUACAUGAACCUGUUGAACGUGGGUCAUGGAAAAUUAUACUGAAGGUCAGGGAGAGUCAUGGAAUAGUCAUGGAAUUUUCUUUCUAAGUUCCAGUGGGACCCCUGUGUUAAUCUAACUAAAAUAGUUAAUUUCAUCAUGUACAGUUUUUUCACAGCCAGUAGAAGUUUGUAAACCAAACUCUGGCUGAAGUUAUUACUUUUUUUGCAUACAGUUAAUGGGAUCUUUGACAUCUAAUUAAUAGUUAUAUUGUAUCCAUUCUGCAAAUGUGUUCAUGUGUUAGCCUUAAUCUAGAGCAUAUAUAUGUGUAUAUAGGAGCUAAUAUUACAGGCACAUAUGGGGAUACAUAUCUAGUUUGUUCAUUAAGAAGUUAGUUUUUAAACAUUUAAAAAUGAGUUAAUAGUACAUUUUUGACUUUUAAAAAUUAACACCCAUUUUUUUCUUUUAUGUAGACUAAAAAACUCCAAUUACUGUACAUUUUUGACUGUGUGACUAGAAGUGGAUAUUUAUUGUGCCGUUGAUUAUUUACUGUGAUAAAACUCCAUAUUGUUCUCCUCUGUCCAACAUGUUGCUUUGUUUAUUGAUUUAUCAUUUGACAGUAAAUCACAAGCUUUUAAUUGAAAUUCUACACAGGAUUGGUCUCUAGCAUCAAGCUACCAUGUGGGCAGCUGAUUAUUUGUCAAACAGAACCCAGAGAGUUCAACUCUCUGGUCUCACUUCUUCUACUCUCACUAUUUUAAAUGGCGUACCUCAAGGCUCAGUUCUGGGUCUGCUUUUAUUCUCUAUUGAUAUAAAUAACUUGUGUGACAAUCUGUCAAAUGCUUUUUACCAUUUUUAUGCAGAUGAUUUAAUAAUAUACUGCUAUUCUGCAUCACUAUCGCAGGCCAUACAGUAUCUGCAGUCUGAUUUUAAUGUAGUUCAAACACGUUUACAAACUGAAGUUAGUUUUGAAUGUGGAUAAGACAAAAGCAAUGAUUUUCUCACAUGCUAGAAAAAUACCAGAAACUUCCCUAUUGCUGACCACUGCUGCUGGAGCACAAAUCGAGUUUGUCAGUAAUUAUAAAUAUCUUGGUUUUAUUCUAGAUAAUGAACUCUCUUUUAAAAAUCACAUAGCAAAUCUACUACGGACAUUGAAAAUGAAAAUUGGGUUUUAUUAUCGAAAUGGAUCUUGUUUUACACUCAAAGCUGGAAGAAAAUUGGUAGCAGCGACAUUCCUGCCACUUUUGGAUUAUGGAGAUGUUUUAUAUAUGAAUGCUUCGACCAAAUGUCAUCAAUCAUUAAAUACUGUGUAUCAUUGCUCUUUAAGAUUUAUAACCGGUAGUAGACGUCUGACACAUCAUUGUGAUUUGUACGCAAAAGCUGAUUGGCUCCUUUAAGUGAACGGAGAAACAAUCAUUUAAUGAUCCUGAUGUAUAAAUCUUUACUCGGUCUAACCCCAGCAUAUUUAUCCACUCUCCUGUCAGUUCUCGUUCUCUUCGCUCCAGUAACUUUAUUCUUCUGCAUGUUCCACGUUUUGAACUGAAACAGUGAAACAGGCAUUCAGUGUUUUACCCCACAGCCUGGAAUCAGCUGCAGUCUGAACUUAAGAUGUCGGAAAUGAUUUCACUGGACUUAUUUCGAUCAGUUCUUAAAGAUAGGCAACAAGAUUCUAUGAAACAGUGUCAUUGUUAUUAAAUUGUUUUUAUUGUUUUAUACUUGUGCAUAUGUAUUAAUUGUUUUUAUCUUGUAACCAGGUUGCUAUGUAUUGCAAAUUUUUGCCCAGGUCCCUCUUGAAAAUGAGAUCUAGAUCUCAACGGGGUUUACCUGGUUAAAUAAAGGAAUAUAAAAUGAGGCACCAACAGGCUUUGGUUACAUAAACUGCUUUUAGUUAAGGACACAUUUAUAUAACAAUAACUGUCAUUUACAAUGUUUGAAUGUUUUUGUCAUCAGACCACUAAAUGUGUAGUUGUGAAGUUUUGAAUAAAAAUCUGCAAAUUCUGGA